UAGGCUCCUGCGCAGUCUUUCCUUUUUUUUUUUCUUCCUUGGCGUGUGUUUUGGUUUACGGAUGCUUAGGAGGCUCGUCGGUAACUCUCGCGACCACUAAACACACAGCAACACAGCCGUUGUGACAGCCGCGCGCACACACACGUCCAGACGAGAAGACAUGGCCCUGUGCUCCGAGUCCGCUAACGUUAGCUCCGUGGUGGGCGGGCAGCCGAAGAAGGAGAGGAAGGUGGCUCUUAUCACCGGCAUCACCGGACAGGAUGGUUCCUACCUGGCUGAGUUCCUGCUCGAUAAAGGCUACGAGGUUCAUGGCAUUAUGCGCCGCUCAAGCUCCUUCAACACGGGUCGCAUCGAGCAUCUUUACCAGAACCCGCAGACGCACACUGAAGGCAACAUGAAGCUGCACUAUGGCGAUCUGACUGACAGCACGUGCCUGGUGAAAAUCGUCAACCUGGUGAAGCCGUCGGAGAUCUACAACCUGGGCGCUCAGAGUCACGUCAAGAUCUCCUUCGAGUUGGCCGAGUACACCGCGAACGUGGACGGCGUCGGCACCCUUCGUCUCUUGGACGCCGUGAAGACGUGCGGUCUGACCAACAGCGUAAAAUUCUACCAGGCCUCCACUAGUGAGCUUUACGGCAAAGUCCAGGAGAUCCCUCAGAAGGAAACCACUCCCUUCUAUCCUCGCUCACCUUACGGUGCCGCGAAGCUCUACGCCUACUGGAUCGUGGUGAACUUUCGAGAGGCCUACAACAUGUUCGCUGUCAACGGGAUCCUCUUUAACCACGAGAGCCCGAGGAGAGGUUCAAACUUUGUGACGCGUAAGAUCAGCCGUUCUGUGGCAAAGAUCCACCUCAGCCAACAGGAGAAGUUCAGCCUGGGCAACCUGGACUCCAAGAGGGACUGGGGCCACGCCAAAGACUACGUGGAGGCUAUGUGGCUGAUGCUGCAAGAGGAGGAGCCAGAGGAUUUCAUCAUAUCGACGGGGGAGGUGCACAGUGUGAGGGAGUUUGUGGAGAAGGCCUUCGCGCAUGUGGGGAAGACAAUUGUGUGGGAGGGAAAGGAUGAGAAUGAGCUUGGCCGUUGCCAGGAGACGGGAGUGAUCCAUGUAAAGGUGGACCCUAAAUUCUACCGUCCUACUGAAGUGGAUUACCUGCAAGGCGACAGCACCAAAGCAUAUCAGAGGUUGGGUUGGAAGCCAAAGGUCACUUUUGAGGAGCUGGUGAAGGAGAUGGUGGACGCAGACAUCGAGCUAAUGAAGAAAAACCCAAACGCCUGAGUCCAAAUCAGUCUUCAUUCCACCCAGGACCGAAACUUUUUAACACUCCGGUGCGUGUUGAACAUGUUGAAAGUAAUUGUGUCCUUUUUUUAUUUAGGGGGAUUUAUUGUUUGUUUCUUGUGUCCAUUUCUUGCAUUUUUUAUUUUUUUGCUGUCACAUGACAGAUGCCUUUUUGUAUUUCCACACUGAUCAUGUCAUAAUGUGUGUUGAUGGCCAGGGUUAUGGGUUUUGGUUUAUUUUGAUUAUGGCUGUAUUUAUUUAGAUGUCAGCAUUUUAUGUCAGAGGAUGAAAUCAAUUAAAUAUGAAUAAAUUCAAAAAUUAAUAUUUGAUGUUGGAAAAUAGCAAUCAACUGGUAUGUAAAUGAACACAUGCGCUGUUUGGUAUAAUAAAGACUAGUCUUAA